UUCAACGUACUUUUUUCAUCAAUUCAGUACGAAACGAAUUGUCAAAUUUUCUUGUACAAUAUUGUAAAAGUAUUUGAUUUUGCUAUUAAUUUUAAUAUUUUUGUAAAAGCAUUUGAUUUUGCUAUUUAUUGCGGUACUUUUAGUCAAACACGUACUUCUGAUAGUAAUUUUUGUUGUAACAACUAUCUACACCAUCAAAUUGUUCGUCCUUUGUUACGGCUUCUCGAAACUAUUGAAAGUGGCUGCAGUGAAGAUUGAGAAGAAUAUGAAAAAUAUCUAAGUGUUUUCUAAUCCUUCCGAGAAAUCAGUUAUAUUUUUCAUUAUGCCUUUCGAACUCUUUCAAAGCUUUUUGAAUAGUUCCAAGAGUAUCCUUAGCUUUAGAAUGACCGAAGAAAACGGAUCACAACAUGUGGGAUCAGAAGUGACAGUCCCGAUGAUCGAACAAAAUAAUGACGAGCACGAGCAAAUGGUUCGCAAUGUUUCGCUCUUAUCAAAUUCAAGCUCAACUUCAAGUUUAUUAAACCAAACAUUGUUAACGAGUCAGGAGUUGAACUUGGUGGUUGAAUCUGAAGUCGUUAUACCGAUGGAGCUAGCGGGUGAUUCGAUUGGAGCGGGGAGCAGUGCCCAAGAUAUUAGUCUUGUUAUGGAGUCAUCUGAGGAUUCAAAAGUGUCGCAGAAUAGUAGAAAAUCGCAAGACUACAGUCUUAGAAUGGAAUCAGAGGAGUCGAGGUUAUCAUUAAAAUUAAGUACACAAGAUUCUGAGAAUUACACUGUUGUGUCAUCUCAACCUAAUCUACGACUAAAAUCAAGUCUUGACAACCAAUUGACACAACUAAAAACGAAUCAAAAUAGUAAGUCUGAUUUUGAAAGUUCAGACAAAAAAUAUCAAGAUAAAUUGAAUUCUCAAGAUAUAAGUCUUGUUAUGGAUACACAAGAAGCUAAAAAUUCUCAACCAAACAAAUGCAGUACUCAAAAGGACUCAAAGCUAUCUCAAUCUAGUGAAAAAUCAAUAAAUAACAGUAUUUCAAAUGAUCUCAAUAGUUUUCAAAUUACUCAGCUUGAUGUCCAACAAGUUACUUCAGAAUCUAUCUCAGAAAAUAUUUUUGAAAAAGAAAACUGUGACUCUUCAAACUUACUUUCUUUAAAAGCUGAUGAUGUGACAAUAGGUCAAAAAAAUAUUAAUACUUCGCAUCAAUCAUUAUCGUUCAAUAAAACGUCAGCUAUGUUAACAUCUGCAACAAGAGCAUUUCAAGAACCUGGACCUUCAGGGAUGAGUGCAAGUCGUAAAAGAAAUAUCAGUGAAGCUGAUAAAGAAUUUAUACCAUUACUUGAAAGAAUACCUGUAGAUUCUAGCAAUGAAAUUUAUAAAGAUGUUUGUAUGAGUCAAUUAAAUGAUAUGAUUCUCAUCAAUAAAGAACCAUUCAAAAUAGGCAGACGAGCUGAUAAUGAUGAAGUCAUUUUAAGUGUUCUGAUUUCUCGAUAUCAUUGCACAUUGAAAUAUGACAAACAAACAGGCGACUGGCUUUUCCAAAAUUUGAGUUCUACAGAUACUUUUAUCAACUCUGUUCCUAUCAAACAAAAUGAUACUGUACCUAUAAAAGAAGGCGAUAUCAUUCAAUUAAGUUUGAAUGAAUUCUUUAGAUACAAAUUUACUAUGGUUACUAAAGUAAAUAAUUCGAACAAACAACCACGAUUUGAAAAACAAAAUACCACAACUGACUCACAAAAUAUGUUGGAACGACAAAAAUCAUUCAUGGUGUGUCAGGAAAAUGAAAGACAAUCUCUAGAAAAACAGUUGAACGAUCAGCAAGUUGAACAAGGAAAAUUAAAAAUUGAACUUGAUAAACUAUUAGAAGAUCAAAAAGUUACAAAAACUUGUAACCAAGAACUUAAUGAUAGAAUAGCAGAAUUGCAAAAGAAAAUAGAAAUUAGUAAUGCCCAUGAGUUUGAUUUACAACAAAAAUAUAUAGAGCUACACAAAGAGCUGGAAGAAGAGAGACAAAAGUAUGAAGAAUUAAUGGCAGCAGAAAGAGUCAAAUUCCAAGAAAUUAUUGAGAAAACAAAAACUGAAAAAGAAAAAUUGGAAAUCACAGUCAAUGAGAAAAUUGAAAAGUAUAAAGAAGAAAAGGAUGAAGUUCAAAAAGCAGCAGAAGAAUUUGAGAAAAAAGUUAAAGAGCAGGAAAGGAUUAUGAUGGAGCAAAGUAUUAUGCGUGAGCUUAUGUUGGCAGAACGUGAAAAAAUGGAACAAACUAUAAAAGAUCUGAAAGAAAAUCUCAUAGCAAAAGAACUGGCUCAUAAAAAAGAGCAAGAAGCUUUAGAAGAAGCUAGGAAAAAAGAACGAGAAGCUGCAGAAGAAGCUAAAAAAAAAGAACAAGAAGCCUUAGAAGCAGCUCAAAAGUUAGCUAUGCAAAAUUGUAUAGUAGUGGAAACAGGAGAUCCAAAAAAUAUACAAGCUCUACCGGUUUUGGAAACGAUUGAUUUAACUGGAGAUGAAAAUCCUACCAGAAAUUUGAGAAAUCUUACCCAAGAAACUGUUCUUAUAAAUACAGUUAGUAGUAUUAUGGAUGAGAAUUUAACAUGUUGCAUAUGCUCAGAACUAUUUGUCAGUGCAAUGACUACUAAUUGUAUGCACACAUUUUGUAAAUACUGUAUUGAAUCAUGGGUCAGAAGACGAAGAGAUUGUCCUAAUUGUCGCGCUGCCAUUGUAACUAUGACUCGUUCCAUAUUCGUAGAUGACUUCAUUGAGAAAAUGCUGGACAGUUUAACACCUGAACAAAGCCAAAAACGUAAAGAACUUGUUGAAGAAAGAAGAAGGCUAACGGUGCCAGUUAAAAACGUCAGAAGAGUCAUUUAUCCCAGAAGAAAAUGAAUUAUUAUAUAAGAAUGAUCCCGCGGAGUCAACGAAAAUUGCAUUAUGUAAAUGUGAUUACCUGUUAAAUAGUAUAAUUUUUUUGAUGAAAAAUUUUUGUUUCAAGCUAAUUGAAAGAAAAACUUGAAAAAUACUUUGUGUUUAUAUCUAUUUAACAGUAUAGAAUAUAUUUUUUUAUAUUAUUAUAAAUUAUAUUUAACUGACUUCAGAAAAUUACAUCUGUAAUUUAUUAAUUUAUGAGUUUAGUUUUUUUAACUAACUCGAACGAAUUAUAAAAACU